GACUGCCAAUUUUUUUGAUGUCGGGCGGUUGUGUGCAUGCGUUAAUCAAGUUAGAUAUCCUACAUCCAGAUUAUUUGUGUGAUCUUGUAAAUAAAACACCAGGAUCUGAAGUUUGUGGACGUAAGAAUGUCUUUGGGGAAUCUGUUACAAAGAGUUCAAUAUUGCUUGACGCACUAGAUUUCCAGCGCAAUAAAAUCAAAAAUCUUCUGAAUGAAACACUCAAAGAAAAGUUAAGCACAUCCAAUAAAGGGUUGUUAUCUGCUGCACAAAAGGACUUGGACUCAAUAGAGAAGAAGAGGAAGAUAGCCAGGUCCGUAUUUGAUGAAAUGCUCCAAUAUGGAAAAAGACUUCUAGAGAUCAUCAGAAUUUUGAAGGAUGUCAAUGAUGAGGUACAAAAUGUUUCGUCAUUGAGAUGUAACAGCGUAAUUAAUGGAAUGUUCAAGGAUAUACCGUCGUUGUUUAAACUCCAUGAACAUUUGACUGAAAGUUUCGAUUCUCGUGAAGCCGAAGACAUAGAAUUGCCCUCAGCUUUCACCAAUGACAAGGAGAUGCAAAUCUUAAAUAUAUACAAGAGCUUCUUAUGUCGCUAUGCAGUGAAUUUCAAGGCUUUCUCGGAAAUGUACUCGACGAAUGAAGAGCUUCAAAAUAUAUGUAAAGGUAUCGUUGCAAAGUCUCAAUAUCAAGAGCAACGUAUUCAGAAUGUACCUGGGAUGUUCUAUGGUGUCAGCACAGCGUUACCACGAUACAAAGAUCUCAUAUAUAGGCUUAAAGGAACCAUGCUUCCGAGCGACCCAGAGUAUACAAAUGUCACAAAGGCUUGGAAUUUCAUCAAGGAUUUGUUGGAUCGUUCGGAACAAGAAAUUAUUUUACAGGAGAAAAUGUCGAAUGCUAGAGAAGCACUUGGUAAACUGGAUGGUCUUCGUGUAAAGUAUACUCAGAUUCCGUUACUACAUCUAGAAGGGCCUGCAAAGAAACUGCCUAGACGUUCAAUACAUAGACGACUUUUGGAUAGAUAUUUAUUUCUUUUUUCCGAAUAUUUGGUCAUGACUGAAUCCCCUAAUGCUGUUGGUCGUUAUCAAGUUAAGUCAGAGAUAGGUUUGGCUGGAAUGACAUUAUGUGAAGUGAAAGAUGAUGAAGAAAUCAAUGUUGAACAUUGUUUUAGAAUUAAAGCGAAAGAGCUAUGCGUCGAGGUUGCUUUCUCAAAUGAUGAUGAAAAACAACUUUGGUGGCGUGAACUUCAACAGGCUAUUGAUUGUGAAUGUAACAAACCGAAUAGUAAUGGUUUCAAUGAAAAAAAGUCAAUAAUGAGUGCAAAUAACUUAGGUGAAGUUGCAGCUCAAUGGGUUAAAGAUGAAUCAUCUACAAUGUGUACAAAUUGUUGUACAGAAUUUACUACACUUAAUCGACGACAUCAUUGUCGUGCAUGUGGCAAGUUAUUUUGUGGUUCCUGUUCAGCAUAUAAAGCUCCAUUGGAAUCUUGUGGCGGUAAAUAUCAACGAGUAUGUGUUGUAGACUAUUAUUUACUGAAUAAGAAUUUCAAGCCACCAAAACCUAAAAUUAUGGAGGCGAUACUACGUCGAGUAGAUAAACAGCAACCACCUCAACCAUUGAGAACUGGUUUCUUAAUGUGGAGUCAUUUCAAUAAUUCAUGGUCUACAAAAUCACCUAUACGACUACCAAAAUCUUCCAUACAAUAUCGAUCUGUUGAUGCAAGUUUUGAAAUACGAAAAGAAAUGCUUCGUGAUAUUGGUCCUCUUAACUCUUCUAACAAAUUUACAUGCAAAAACUCUUCGACAGAUCCCGUAAACAAUCAUCAUGAUUUAAAUACUCAAUCCAUUUCUAAUUCAUUGCCUCACAUCAACCAUCAAUCAUUCGACUCAUCAAUUAAUCUAGAAUCGACAAAUCAUAAAUCAUCAUCUGCAUGCCUAUCUCGUUUAUUUUGUGUUUUACAAACGGAUACUUCAUUCGAAUUCUACGCUGCUCGUGCUGAUACACGUGCAGUAGAUAAAAUUACUGUGAUAGGUUUACGUUUAUUCUACUUAGAUGAUAAUUUUAAUGAUACAUUUUCAAAUCAUAGUGAUGAUUUAUCAACAAUUCAACAAUCUACGCUGCAUACUAAAUCACGGAGUUUUGAUAGUUCAUCUCGUGUGAACAACGAUUUUCCUGAAAACACUAGUGCAUAUUCUAGUUUAUAUAGAAAAGGUAAUCCUAUAUAUCGGAACUUUAAACCCCCUCCAAGGGAUCGUAACAUAUUUGAUCGUAAAUUUUCUAGUGAAACAUCUAGUCUUUCAGAUGUAACUUCCUUAUCGAAAUCUUAUAUUAAACCAUCAUCAAUCAGUACCUUAGAACCUGACAGUUUACUGAACCGAUCUACACAAUCUUGUAGAGAAAGAUCCUCUAAAGAAAAUCAUAAAAAUUCUUUACGUAAUUUUUCUGAUGAUCAAUCCAAUGAUGAUGAUGGAAUUGUAACUAACAAUGAAAUAUUAAAACAUGUGGAAACAAUCAGUCCUGAGAUAUUGGGUCUUCUGCGUAAUAAUUUAGGUUUUCUUCUAUUACCUUUAAAUACAGAUCGUCCAGCACAUUAUUUUGAAGCAGCAACAGUAGAAAUCAGAACACAUUAUAGGAAAGAAAAGCAGAAAAAUCGAUGUGAUAAUAGCAACUGUCCUACAACCAAUUUCGAUUAUGGCUAAUUCUGGUUAAGCCCUUUUGUUAACUUACUUAACAGAAAAUAUUAUUCGAACAGUAACAAUUCGCAUAUGUCUUUGUACCGUUAUGAUCACUAGAGCACAUGACAGACUCGAGCUAAAAUGUUGAUCUCUUAAAUAUCACUCGAUAAUUCAUCCUCCACCCCAUGAACAUAUGUAUUCCAAUCCUAUUAUUAGCUUUUGCCUUACUGCAGCCUUAUGCAGUUUGACCAUAAAUUUGUCUAUGGAAUUGCUCUCAUAUACUUAUUCGCCCCUCCGGUUCAAAUUUUCUUGACAUGCUUAUAGCUUUGUGAUCAGCGCUAUUCGCUAAUAAACUGUAGUUACCGCUU